AUGUCCAAAGUCUUCUUCAUCACGGGCGCUGGGAGCGGCAUUGGACGUGUCCUGGCUCGCGAACUUCUGCUGAAAGGAUACCGCGUGUUCUUAACAGAUUACAAUCAAGCUUUCUUGGAAGACACUUGCACCGCACAUCUACCAUCCGUUCUGCCCAGCGACAAGCAUGAAAAUUUCCGCUGGUCCGCGAUGGACGUCAGCGAUGGGGAGCAAGUUACCAAGGCAAUUGCAAGUUGUGCUGAAGGGUUUGGAGGCAUUGAUGUCCUUGUAAAUAGUACGACUUUCGCUUUCCUCCUGUACUCUUUGCGAACUGCCAACGUGCCUCGGCCAGAUCUCCAGCUAACAUUUCACCUUCUCGAUACAGAUGCAGGAAUCAACAGCCAAUACAUGCGCGCCGGGACCAGAAUGGACCAAGUGCCUACAUCCGAUUUCGAGCGAAUCCUCUCCGUGAAUCUAGUCGGCACAUACCGCGUUUCCCAGGCAGCCAUCUCUCACCUCGAGAAAUCACCCGGCGGCGGUGUAAUCAUCAACAUGUCCAGCUGCCGGGCCACACAACAGAGCAAGCACGGCGAGGCGUAUGCGGCUUCGAAGGCUGGAAUCGAGGGUCUGAGCAUGGCCAUGUCGGUAAGUCUGGGGCCAAAAAUCCGCGUGCAUGUGGUCAGUCCGGGGAUGGUGGAUGUACGGUGCGAGCGAAACGGGGAUUUGCUGCCGGAUGUGGAGACGAUUCGGGGUGAUUUGAGCCGGGAUUUCCAGAGCGAGUAUGCGCCGGCUUGGGGGGCGGGUAAAAGUGAUGCGAUGAGCGAGGCACAUCCUGUUGGCAGGAUUGGGAGGGGGGAGGAUAUUGCGCGGUGGGUGGAAUUUUUGGGCGUUUUGGAAAGUGGAUUUACAACAGGAGGGACAUAUUUGGUUGAUGGAGGUUAUUCUAAAGUUUUGUCUUACCCUACCUAG